AUGACAGAUAAAAGAAUUAGGGUUAGUUGGAAGUCGGAAUUGGUGGACAAAAGUUUUUUGGAAUCAUAUAUACAAGAAUUGACAAGCAAUGGCCAGGAGGGUAAUGGUGUAAAAGCAAGCUCAUGGGCUGUGGUCGCAGAGAAAUUGAAAACAGAUCAUAAUUUUGUUGUCGAGAAAAAACAAAUGAAAAACCGAUACGACUAUUUAAAAGCAAAGUAUGCAGUGUGGUUAAAACUUAAAAACAAAACAAGAAAUAUUUAUGAUCCUUUGAACAAGUAUGUAGAUAAGUUGAGAAAUACAUCCCUCCCUUGCCCUGAACUUUGUACCCAACUAUUUGAAAGGGCGACCUCGACUGGUGUUCACAGUUGGGGGCCAUCUUCGACACUACCUCAUCCCAAUGAAACCUUUAGUACACAUGAUUUUGAGGAUACAGAGAUGGAUGAGCCAGCACCUCAUGCAGAUACCCUAAGCUCAACAGUACCUCAACCUACUAUUGAGGAAUCAUUUGGGCGAACAAGAAACAAGGGAGGCAAACGAAAUGGUCCUAAAGAAACCACACUAAAUGAUGAGUUGAAAGAAGUUGGAAAAGAAAUUAUCAAGGCUACACAAGCAUUCACGGAAGCAAAUAAUCUUGACAAUGAGAUGGAUGCUUGUAUGGCGAAGUUGACAAGCUUGGAGUGGGGAGAAUAUGAUCUGAAAUACAUCACUGCUCUUAUGUUAUUUGCUGAAAGUGCUGGUAAUAGGAAAAUUUGGUUGCGGCUUAACUUGUCAAAUUGUGAGUCGUGGGUAACAAAUGCGGGAAGAAAGUUUGGAUUAGUUGGUUGA